AUGGCUACAACGGCAAACGACACCAAACCUUCAUCGCGCGAUGAGUCUUCGGACUCGAGCGACAGCGACAGCGAAAAUGAGACCCCGACAGUCGCCACUCCGACCACAGUAGAAUGGUUGGCGACCGGUCGAGAAAAGCGGUCUACCGCCGGUAACCGCAUGAAGUCGAUGCUCGCCAACGAAGAACCCGAUUCGGACCUCGAACUGCUUUUUGCCGAAGACGACAACGACGAAGGCUUCAGCGAUGUCGACGAUGCUGGUUCCGACGUGCAGAUGGACUCGUCAUCCGACGACGAGGAUGACCAGCAGCAGGGAGACGACCUUGAGGGCGAAAAGGAGCUCGAGAAGCAAGCCAGGGAGAAGAAGCUAGCGUCGCGGAAACGCAAGGCCCAGGAAGCUAUCCCGGCCAAGUUCAGAAAAAAGGUCCGCAUCGAACAGACGGCCGCACCCGCGCCGCGGCCGAAGAAGAAGUCGGAACGGACGAGCUGGCUGCCCUCGGCGGCUGACAUGCCUAUCCGCGCCUCGCUCCGCCAGACGACGAUGCUCAGCAAGGAGCAGCUGCACCAACAGAUGAAGGAACGCGAGGCGAAGCGGUUGAAACAGGUGGCCAUCAUGGAAAAGAAGGCAAAGAAGCUCGAGGCGUCCAAGAAACCGCCCAUGACACAGGCGGAACGGUUGGCUGAGGCGGCCCUCGUGGAGAAGCGCAACGCAAAGUCGUUAAACAGAUGGGAGGUGGCCGAAAAAGCGCGAGAAGAAGAACGGCUUGCGAAGCUCGCCGCUCUCAACAAUCGAACACUCAAGGGCCCUGUGGUGACGUACUGGAGCGGCAUUGGUGAGUGGGAGCAUCAUCUGAAGCACGUUGGCAGGGUCGCCGAGGAAGAGAAGCCCGUUCGGAAGAAGAGGGAGAAGAAGGAAAAGGUGGAUAAGACGAAGGGCAAGGAGAAGGACCAGAAAGAUGGCAAGGAGGAGGGCUCAGCGUCGAAUGCUUCUGAGCCGACGCUGCCUGCACCGACGACAGAGACGACAGCAGAGGCACAGUCGAACGCAAAGCCUGACGCUCCGCCAGCUCCCCCGACGUCAAUGGAUGUCGACCAACCUCAGCAGAACGAUGCUUCAAAGGCACCGUCGCCAUCGACACCCGUUCCGCCCGUCCCAACAGACCCUGCACCGAUAGUGAAGACGGAAGAGCGCCCCCGUGUGAUGGCUCCCCCACCCAUUCCUCCACCGCCAUCGUCGUCACUCGCCAUGCCCAAGCCUGAAGACAAAUCCAGGAUCAUGGCACUACCAUCAAUACCACCACCGCCGACCUUUGGCUCCAUGUCCAUGGCUCCUCCCCCUAUUCCGCCACCUCCAAAGACAUCGGUAUUGGCAGCUCCAGUGCUCGCGCCGCCUGUUCUUGCCCCUCCCUUGGGUGGCAUCCACCUUGCUCAACACACGACGCAGCCAAAGUCCAAUGUUCUGGCGCCUCCGAAUGUAUGCCAGCACAAGUCUCCUCUAUCCAUGCCGGCUCCUCCCCCUCCACCAUCAGCAAGACCGCCGCCGCCGCCACCACCUUCACUAGCACCACUCCAGCCGUCACAAACAAUCGCUCCGCCGAAGCCUCCAUCACAACCGACGGUCGAUCCCUCUCGUCUCGCACCGCCUAUGACUGCGCCUGCGCCGGCAGAAGCACCGGCGCCUGAGGAGCCCCCCCCGAGCGAGGUUGCUCGCAAUGCCUUUAUUCUUCGCAACUUUGACGAAGAGCGAGUGCGUGACAAGACUGUACAGACCCAGAUUCUCUUUGGACGGCGGAUGGACCGCCUUGCGAAGCCAGCGCCCCGGCCAGUAUGUGUCAUUACCGCCCACCCCGCUCGCUACCGCGACCCCGAGACGGGUUUACCUUAUUUCAACGCCUACGCGUACCGCGAAAUUCAACGACUCCGCCGCGGCGAGUACAAGUGGAGCAGCCUGCUCGGCGCAUGGGUCGGCAGCUGCACAUAUGCCGCUCGCGGGGUGCCGGAGCGGUUCCUCAAGGGAGGUCCGCCAAGACAGCCAAAGAAGAAGGAGGUGGAGAAGGAGGAGGCUAAGGUUCCAGAGACAGAAGCAGAGAAAGGCAACGGCGCCGUCGGGGAAGGCACCGAGAAGCAGGAACCCAAUGAUGCCAAGACGACACUGCCUGCUCAGGAGGGAGUGGUGGAUCAGCCGACAACCAAGACGGAUGCCGCGACGGUGCCCUCACCGUUACCGUCGGCGGGGCAGGCACAGGCGCAGCCGCAGACCCAGCAGCCGCCGCCGCCGCCAGCCCAGCCGCAAGCGCCGCAACCACCACCAGCAGGCCAAGUUCAACCCACCCAGGACAAGGAAGUGAACUUGGCCGUCACCGAGUCUGUCACACAACCCGCUGCCGCUUCGGUUGCGACCGUUGUCUGA